CCGGUGGACCCGUACAGUCGGCAGCCUACGCCACUGUACGAGCGUCCGAAGAUAGUGCAUAGAACAAACGCCAAGUCGGAGAAGCCGGCAAAGAUGACGACGGCGUUGGGCUAGAUAACAGAUGCAGCGUCGAACUAGAGAAUGCGCGCGAGGACUACAGCAGCUUCCUCGAAUUCAUCGAGAGUAUUCCGGACUACAUGGAGGUCCACCACCUGUCGAACGAACAAUUUAAGCAAAAGCUCGACUACUUGAAACGAAAGCAACGCAUGCUACUCAAGAACCUGCGCAACUGCCUGGAACAAGACGAGCAUGCCGAACUCGCCACUAUUAGGGGCUCAGAACGUAGCAAGUCUCCACGAGAAAAAUGCUGCGCGGGUGAUCUCGUGACCAAGGGAACCAAGCUAACGCUGAAAGGAAAGCGCUGCAAUUUGGAAGAAUCGAGAGCCAACAGCCCGCUGCUCUAUCCACUGGUCAGCUUUUCGCGCCUCGCCGAGGAUCAGGACUUUCUCACGUACAGAUGCAAGUAUCGGGACAAAACAGCGAAGACUCGUCGCAACGAAGAGAUUCUCUCGGCAAGCAAAGAUUGGAGUUCGGGUAGCGAGUCCAAGUGCAGCGGCGAUAGCCUUGAGAGCGACGACCAGGAGAUAAGCGUGGAAACGAAAAGCCUGCCGCCGCGUAGCCCAAAGAGGUGGCACCCAACUCUACCCAAACCCUUCAGCUUCACGCUCAGUUCCUCGACACCGAGUUUUGAUAUAAGUACACCAGUGGAGGAUGCCGAAAAGUAUAUGUCAUUGGUGGAGCAACAGGCGGCAGCAGAGUACGAGAGCUUCAGACCAGGCAAAAAGAAUCCAGCGAAAAAGCGUCGCAUAAGACCGGUGCCUUUGACAUCGAAAAUUCCCUUGUACGACAAACUUAUGGCUGAAAAGGAGGAGAGAAGUCGUAUCGUGCGGGAGGAGAGCGUUUUGAGCCUGAUGUCACAGGUGCGGCCUUUCAAGCUAGAAUGCGAUCGGCGCGCGCACAGAGCUUUGACGCGCUCCAGCCCUGAGCUUAGCUGCAAGAGGAUCCGGGCUGGCUACAAAGGUGGUACUGCUGAUUCCGAUGUUGCCGGCGCGGGUUUCAAGGCAAAGCCCGUGCCUAAGAAUCUCUUCAGUACCGACGUCUACGAUCGCAUGCUCGAGGAUGAAUAUUUCAGAAAUUUGCAAAAGCGCAUUCGCGCGGCUGAACUGAUGAAGAAUUCCUCGCUACCUCCCUCGAUGGCGCGGCGCAAUCGAUGCAAAUCCGCGGUAAGUCUUCGCUCGCAGAAAAGUUCAUCAGAAGAACGUCCGCGAAGUUGUGUCACAGACAGCCGCGACUCCGUGGCUCUGAGUCGCGGUACGCCCAUACCCAGUGAACGUUCCAGAUCCUCGGCGAUGACGAGCGUUCUACCACCCCUCGGCAACAACCUGGCGGCUAUUUUACGAGCCCAGGCCUCAAGAGAAAAGCUCGAGCGUGAGAUCCAGGAGCAACUAGAGGAGAAGCGCCGGGAACAACUGCUCCGACUGCGAAAGGCUCUAAUUGGCAGAAAGCCCGCUUGGAGGGCCCUCCGCUCCGCCGCGAGGCAUGAGCACGAGAGAGAUUUGGACUUUCGAGUGUCGCUGCGACGUGACGAGGCUCGGGAACAAGCCGAGCGCCAUCGCUUCCAAAUGGAAAUGAUGCUUGAUCGCGUCACUCGGAUCCCAACGCUGUUCGAGCGCUACUCUCAGGAUGAGAUGAUGUUGCAGAGCUUCCAGUCGGUCAUGCAGCUCCAUCCGAAGCUCCAUCAUAUCGGUUUCAAGCCCACUCACAACUGCACCAACACAGCCGGCAAAAAGAAGAAAAAGAAGAAGCAGCAGCAGUCGAACAAACGGCAGAGCUGCAGCAGCGUAGACUCGUACGUCAGCCUGGCGAGCAGCUCGCGGCCGAACUCCGGUUCGCUUACGAGUUCUUCGGGCACACCACCGUCUCUCAGCCGAUCGUCCGUCGGCUCGCGAUGCAAGUCCUCGACACCAAAAAUCAUCCGCGCGAGCGCUGCAGCCGAAAAGAAGAAAAACGACAGGGGUCCGCUCAAGGUCUCUAUCAACGAGACUGCCGAGCUCAUCGAGGACGCGAGGCACCAGGAUGAGGACGAAGAGCCUUUCUCGAUAGACUCGGCUAACAGCCAAGUGCGCGAGGAAAGAGAAAAACGGGCACUCGCUGCCGACGAUAACGAACAUGUCGAGAAAGAGUGAUUCCACUUCAUUCUAUGCGUAUAAUUUACACUUAAUAUGUACUUCGAAUAAUUUUCAUUAUUGCACGUACUUUGCCGUUGUUGACACCUUGACAAAUUUCUUCUGUUGAUGCGUUGCUUCUAUGUAUAUCGUUACUUGUUCAUCAUUUGUUAUUGUUUAUUACGGUUCGUUUAUAAGGAUACUUAGAAGCUCAGUGCAAUAUAUUCGAUACAUUGGAACGAACGCCUAGACGUUCUUGCGAUGAAAGAUGGUAUAUGUUGGUGCGUAUUCGGUCGUCGGAGAGCAGAAUCUUGCAUCGAAACCUCAUUUGCAUCCAAGACAUGAUCUUUUAUAGAUGUAUAAACUUUUGUAUCGUGAUAUAUGCAUUAGUAUUGUAAAUACCCAUCAUCAUGUACAAAAGUGCGACAAUGCCAUUAAAAUAUCGCAUAGUUUAUCCAGUUCAUGCAUGAGCGUAUGCUUAGUCUUACCUCAAGUUACCUUAGUUGGAACCACAGGAUCUUUGUGAUAUUUAGUAUGUUUGUGAAAUUGCAUGAAGCAGUGACAAAGUUUGUGUACGAGAUUACGGUGUCUUAGAUACUAUUAUCUAAUUUUAACCAAACAAAAUAUUUUAUCAUUGUUUAUUUUUACCUCGAUUGUGCAAUAGUGAGCAUGAAAUAAUAUUGUUUGUAUUUAGUAAGUUAUAGUCAUAAUGUUAUAUAAUUGGGUCGAGCUACCUGCAAUUAUAUGAUAAUAAAAAAAAUAUAAAACUUUUCGUAGAAAAAGAAACUUCCACUAAACGAUAUCACAGAGUUCGAUACCAAAAUUAACCGAGCGUUUAAUAAAAAUCAGCCGACUGUUUGUAUACGCAUUCCAUUGAAAAAUA